AUGAAGUUCAUUUGGCUGUUAGCACUCUUGGGAGCAGCUGUUGCCUUUCCCAUCGAUGAUGAAGACGAUGAUAAGAUUGUGGGCGGCUACACCUGCCAAAAGCAUUCUGUCCCCUAUCAGGUCUCCCUGAAUUCCGGAUACCAUUUCUGUGGUGGCUCCAUCAUAAAGAGCCAAUGGAUUGUUUCAGCUGCUCACUGCUAUAAAUCCCGAAUCCAAGUGAGACUUGGGGAACACAGUUUGACGAAAAAUGAUGGUUCUGAGCAGUAUAUUGAUUCAGUGAAAGUCAUUCGUCAUCCCAGCUACAACUCCCAAACCUUGGACAAUGACAUCAUGCUCAUCAAACUAUCCAAACCAGCCACUCUCAAUUCCCGUGUUUCAGCAGUCAAUCUACCAAACAGCUGUCCAGCCAGUGGAGCAAAAUGUUUAAUCUCUGGAUGGGGCAACACUCUCAGCAGUGGCUCAAGCUAUCCAGACCUCCUACAGUGUCUGACUGCCCCUAUACUUUCUCAGAGUCAAUGCAGUAAGGCUUAUCCAGGGAAAAUCACCAACAAUAUGUUUUGUGCAGGAUACCUGGAAGGUGGAAAAGACUCUUGUCAGGGAGACUCUGGUGGCCCAGUUGUCUGCAAUGGGGCACUCCAAGGAGUUGUCUCUUGGGGCGUGGGAUGUGCUCUGAAAGGCAAGCCUGGUGUCUACACUAAAGUUUGCAACUAUGUUUCCUGGAUUCAGAGAACCAUCAGUUCCAACUGA